AUGUCUGUCGACAAGCCCCAUCCAGUUCACCUCGAACCAAGCGAACUGGGCACGAAGGAGUACUGGGAUGAAUACUACCAGAAUGAUCUAGACAACGAGACCGGUGCCCUGUCUGAAGACGAGGAUGGAGAUGAGCAGGAUGCUGACGCUGCUGGUGGCGGGGAUGACAACGGAGAUGAUGCCUCUUCUCACCAACCACCACCCGAUCCCACAGAACUAGACUCGUGGUUCGACGACGUCGGCGCUCCGGCCAAGACGCUGGCGUUCCUGACGUCGACCACAUUCCCGCUGUCUCCGAACUAUGACAGAUCCACCAGACGGACUCAGACACAGACACAGAGAGACAACAGCAGCGACGAUGAUCCUCCCACCUUGUUACCUUCGGUGCUGGACCUGGGCACCGGUAACGGCAGCGCCCUGUUCGCCCUACGUCUCCACGGCCACUACGCUGGACCCAUGGUCGGCGUCGACUACUCGACCAAGAGCGUCGAGCUAGCGCGGAAGCUGUGCGCGCAAUACGCCGCCGCCGCCGCCACCUCGACCUCAUCAUCAUCGUCCAUGGACAACAUCGAGUUCCACGAGCUGGACAUCAUCCACGACAUCCCCGCCGCACAAUUCUGGUGGCCCUCGUCGCGAGGGGGCUUCGACCUCGUGCUCGACAAGGGCACCUUCGACGCCAUUUCCCUGUCGUCAUCCACCGUCUUCGACGCGCCGUCCAACCGCCCCAGACGCAUCUGCGAGCUCUACCCGGCCAAGGUCCUGGCCAUGGUGAAGCCGGGCGGCUUCCUGCUCGUCACGAGCUGCAAUUGGACCGAGGCCGAGGUGGUGGCCUGGUUCACCACGAUGGGCGGCGGCGAGAAUGGAUCGGACUCUACCAAUAAUACUACGGAAACCGCUGAAACCGCCGAACAAAAAGAAGAAGAACAGAGGCAAAGCACAGGAAUCUCGGAAACCGGCGUAUUCGAGGUCUACCAUACGAUCAAGUACCCUGUCUUCGAGUUCGGGGGCCAAAAGGGCCAAGGCGUCGCGAGUGUCUGCUUCCGCAAGGUGCAGAGACGCAGACCGGACCAAAGAUGA